CUUAUAGACAAAAGCUUUAUUUUAUUUAUAUAGAUUUGACCAUAUGUUUUUCAAGGCCAAUCGAUAUUAACUGUUGAACGUGGUGAAGAUAUCGCCGACUCCCAUAACCUCAACCUCAGGAUGCUCACCGGAGUUUCGCACGGUGCCUUGAGCUACUUCAAGACCCCGUUGACUGACCUGACGGGCACACCUGCCUACACCAGCCAGUACUUCGGCCUCUGCAUGGACAUCGAGAUGAAGAUGAUCAACUGCCUGGAAGCCUACGGGUACUACAGGGGGGUCGAAUCCUCCUGCAAAGACAUCAUCGACGAUUACAGCGAGUGCUUCACCAGGUUCAAGCAGAUGGCUAGGCACAUAGAGAUCCGGAAGGUACAGAGGCAGAAGAAGAGUUAUAUCGAACCACCCAGGCCGGACUGCUACUGAACUAAUAAUAAUAAUAAUUGUAGAGCUGAAAACUCAUAAAAUAUAUCUGCAUUUGUAAACAACUAUAUAAUCUUUAAUAUUAAAAUGUGUUGAUAAAAUA